AUGCAUCUGAAGAAUAAUGUAACUGAGUUCAUUCUGCUUGGGUUGACACAAGAUCCUUUUAAGAAGAAAAUAGUGUUUGUCAUUUUCUUCCUUUUCUAUUUAGGGAUAUUGAUAGGUAACUUUCUGAUUAUUGCUACCAUCAAGAUGAGCCGGGCACUUCAGAGUCCCAUGUACUUCUUCAUUUUCUAUUUAUCCUUUUCUGAUACUUGUUUCUCUACUUCCGUAGCUCCUAGAAUGAUUGUGGAUGCCCUUCUGAAGAAUAACACUAUCUCAUUCAAUGAGUGUAUAGUCCAAGUAUUUUCUUUACAUUUCUUUGGCUGCCUGGAGAUCUUUGUUCUAAUCCUCAUGGCUUUUGAUCGUUAUAUGGCCAUCUGUAAGCCCCUGCAUUACAUGACCAUCAUGAACCGACGUGUUUGUAAUGUGCUGGUGGCUGUGGCCUGGGUGGGGUCCUGUGUGCAUUCUUCAACUCAGGUCCUUCUGGCCUUGAGUUUACCUUUCUGUGGUCCCAAUGAGAUUGAUCACUAUUUCUGUGACUUGCAACCCUUGUUGAAACUUGCCUGUGCAGACACCUAUGCCAUCAACCUCCUUUUGGUGUCCAACAGUGGGGCCAUCUGCACAGUGAGUUUUGUCAUGGUGAUGAUCUCCUAUGUCAUCAUUUUGCAUUCUCUGAGAAACCAUAGUGCUGAAGGGAGGAGAAAAGCCUUGUCAACUUGCAUCUCCCACAUCAUCGUGGUCAUCUUGUUCUUUGGUCCUGGCAUAUUUAUAUACACACGCCCUGCAACCACCUUUUCCAUAGAUAAGAUGAUAGCUGUGUUUUAUACAAUUGGAACACCUUUGGUCAACCCUCUGAUUUACACUCUCAGGAAUGCAGAAGUAAAAAAUGCCAUGAAGAAGUUAUGGAACAAGAAGUUGAUAUCAGAUGACUAA